AUGGUUUGUUGUCAUGGUGACACGCCUCAACCUUCGUUUGGUAAAAAGAGGACUCGGUGUUGUGGUCGUGUAAGCUACGAUACAAGAGACCAUCGAUGCUGCAAUGGAACAGAUGUAACUGAGAAAAGGUCUCCAAAGGACGACUUGUGCUGCGGAAAAACAACCAUGAAUUCUGAUGACGAAUUGUGCUGUGAGGGAAAUCCGAAAAACAAAACUGCUGGUGACAGAACGCGUUGUUGUCACGAGGAGUCCUAUGACCCUAAAGUUUUCUUAUGCGAUUUUAAAAACCUUAUGCUGAAGAAAGACAAGGAUGAUAACUGUGUAUGCGGCGAUACGACGUUCAAUACAAAUGACGAAAUAUGUUGCGCUGGCGUUCCACAACCCCUUGUUGGUGGAGCUAUGACCGACUGCUGUGGUUCAGUGAGUUAUUCCAUCAUGGAUCAGAUAUGCUACAAUGGCGAAAUUAGGAAAAAAAACAAUGCUGGGGACGAUGCGUUCUGUGGAGAAACAACAAUGAACGCUCAAACACAAGUAUGUUGUGACGGAAAACCAAGAGAUGCUGUAAGCGGACAAAAAACAAGAUGCUGUGAAGAUCGCAGUUUUGACCCUAAAAAAGAAAUAUGUUGUAAUGGAGAGAUAAGAGAGCUUGCAAGUGAAGAUGAUAAUUGUUGUUGCGGAAACACAACGUUCAAUACAAAUAAGGAAAUAUGUUGUGACGGAAUAAUGCCUCAGCCAGCUAAAGGGGGUGAACGCGCAAGAUGUUGUGGGCGCGAAAGCUAUGAUUCUUUAAAUUUCUUGUGUUGUGAUCUAGAGAUUAUUGAGAAAACAGAUGAUUCAGACAACCUUUGCUGUGGUAAGACUACCCUUAAUUCAAAGAAACAAAUUUGUUGUCAAGGUCAAUUUCCCAGAGAUCGUGUUGGAGGCAAUAGAACGCUAUGUUGUGGUGAUAUCAGUUACGACCCAAAAUCUCAUCUUUGCUGCGACGAAAAACUAAUGAAAAAGAAUAAUCCAGAUGAUGAUUGCUGCUGUGGAGAGCAUUCUAUGAAUUCAAAGAAAGAAAUAUGCUGUAGGGGCGAGGUGCAGCCACUCGUUGGAGGCGAUUUUACAUCAUGCUGUGGUCCAAGAAGUUUUGACAUUAGAAACGAAAUUUGCUGCAACGAGGAAAUAAGGAAAAAGAGAAAGGAAGAGGAUGAUUGUUGUUGUGGAAAAACAACAGUCGACGCUAAGACAGAACUUUGUUGUGAAGGAAAGCCACAGCCAUUAGUAGGUGAUAAAUUUACAGAUUGUUGUGGAGAGAUGAGCUAUGACACUAGAACACACAUCUGCUGUGAUGGAAUGGUACGUGAAAAGGGCGAUGAAGAGGAUAACUGUUGUUGUGGUAAUACUACAAUUAACACACAGGACGAAAUAUGUUGUAAUGGCGAACCAGCGGAUGCUGUUGCAGGUAAAGAAACGCAGUGUUGUGGAAAAAUAAGUUUUGACCCAUCGAAAAAGAUCUGCUGUGAUGGCGAUGAUUUAAGAAAUAAAGCAGAUGCCAACGAUAAUUGCUGUUGUGGAAAGACUACAUUUAAUACUGCUUCUGAGAUCUGCUGCGAUGGAAAACCACAGGAACGUAAAGGAGGUAAGGAUACACGAUGCUGCGCCUCAGUCAGCUAUGAUCCAAAAUCUGAGUUCUGUGAUGACGACGUCAUAAUCGUGAAGAGAAACAAGAACGACGACUGUCCAUGCGGUAAUACAACAAUGAAUACGGCCACCGAAAUCUGCUGCUUAGGUAAACCCCAACCGAAACUGAGUGAUUCCACAACGUGUUGUGAAGACAAAAGUUAUGACACUGCCACUCAGAUUUGCUGUGAAAUGAAAGUGGUAGAUAAGCGUGAUAAUAAGGACGAUUCAUGCUGUGGUAAGACAACAUUUGAUGCUAAGAGUGAAGUGUGUUGUGAUGGUAUGCCACAGGAUCUGAAAGGACCAUUUACUCGUUGCUGCGGUAAAAUCAGCUACGAUCCCAGAAAGGAAAUGUGCUGUGAUGGUAAGCUAAGACCCAAACGAGAUGCGGAUGACGAUUGCUGCUGUGGCAAGACAACAUUCGACACUAGAAAAGAGGUAUGUUGCAAUGGUUUGCCACAAGAAUCAUUUGGUUCGUCGACGAGAUGUUGUGGAGAGGCAAGUUAUGAUUCUAACAGAGAAAUCUGUUGCCACAUGGAUGUAAAAAAGAAGGUUAACAAAGACGAUAAUUGCUGUUGUGGUGGUAACAUGACGUUUAACACAAACAAGCAGGUGUGUUGCCAAGGUCUAUAUCCACAAACAGCCGUGGCAGGUGAUAAGACACAGUGUUGUGGAAAGGUCAGCUUCGAUCCAGCUAAGCAACUGUGUAAUAACGGCAAACUGAUGGACAAGAGAAACCCAAGUGAUGACGGUGUGUGUGGGAAAACGACGUUCAAUCUUGCUAAAGAGGUUUGCUGUGAUGGGAAACCAAAUGAUUCGUUCGGACAAUCAACAUCUUGUUGUGGAGCGGACAGCUUCAAUUCAGAAACGCAAGUUUGUUGCGAUGAGAAGGUGAGAGAUAAGAAGAAUAAGAAAGAUGAUUGUUGCUGUGGUAAGACGACAAUCGACAGUCGUACUGAGAUAUGUUGUAAUGAAAUUCCAUUGCCUCUUGUCGGUGACAAGUACACAGACUGUUGCGGUAAUGAAAGUUAUGACACUAGAAAGUUCGUGUGCUGCGAUGAUGCUUUAGUGAAAAAGAAUGGCGAUUCUGACAAUAAAUGUUGUGGAAAGACAACAAUGGAUUCCCGAACCAUGAUAUGCUGUGAUGGUGAACCACAGCCGUUGUUAGCUGGCGAUGAAACUAUGUGUUGUGAAAAGCAGAGUUAUGAUCCUAAGGAAUAUUACUGCUUGGAAAACGGAAAGCUGCGACAGAAGAGAAAGCCUGAUGACAAUUAUAUAUGUGGAGAUACAACAAUGAACACUAACACAGAUCUUUGUUGUGAAGAUCAACCACAGGAAAAGAAAGGAGGAGAUAAUGCUAAAUGCUGUGGCAAGGAAAGUUACAACUCUAAAACACAAGUGUGUUGUGAUGGUUUAAUUAGAGAUAAGAAUAAUCCCAACGACGAUAGUUGCUGUGGAAAGUCAACUAUAGACUCUACGGCAGAAAUAUGUUGCAUGCAAAACACACAACCUGGUGGUAAAUUUAUUACAUGUUGUGAGGACAAGAGCUUUAAUACACAAACACAACUUUGUUGUGAUGGUAAGGUCAGAGAAAAGAACAACAAGGCUGAUGACUGUUGCUGUGGAAACACCACAUUCGACGCAAAGAAUGAAGUGUGUUGCCUUGGCACACCACAACCAAAGAGAGGAAAGAGUAUUGACACAACGAAAUGUUGCUUAUCAGAAAGCUAUGAUUCAGAAAAUGAAAUUUGUUGUGGUGGGAAGAUCAUCAAGAAGAAAAAGAAUAGCGACAACUGGUGCUGUAAUGACAAACCGUACGGCACUAAUUCAGAAGUUUGCUGUCAAGGGCUUUCCGUCCAGACGUCUUUCGGUAAAAACACUCAAUGUUGUGGAAUGCUGUCAUUUGACACCUCGACCCAUAUUUGCUGUGAUGGCAAAAUAAGGGAAAAGGCAGGUAAAGACGACGACUGGUGUUGUGGUGAUACGACAUACGCUUCUUCCAGUGAGGUUUGCUGUGAUGGAAUGAAACCACAACCCUCUUAUGGCAAAGAUACCCAGUGUUGCAAUGGAAAAAGUUUCGAUGCGUCUACGCAGGUCUGCUGUGAUGAAAAGAUAGUCAACAAAACGAACCCGAAAGAUGACUGUUGUUGCGGAAAGGAAACAAUCGACUCAAAAACUGAGAUAUGCUGUGAUAACAAACCACAACCCAUUAUUGGGUCCUUCGAAUUCACAUCCUGUUGCUUUGAUGUUAGUUUUGAUACAAGCAAGUCUUUAUGCUGUGAUGGUAAAAUACGUGACAAGGGCAACAAAAACGACGAUUGCUGCUGCGGAAAUACUACGUUCAAUGCGAGAGCUCAAAUUUGUUGCGACGAUGUUCCUCAGAACCUCGUUGGUGAUGAAUUUACUAAGUGUUGCGGAAAAGUUAGUUACGACUCAAGGAAUUACGUGUGUUGCGAUGGCAAAAUAAGAAAAAAGGCCGACAAAGAUGACAACAUGUGCUGCGGGGCGACAACAUUUAACACAAAGAAACAGGUGUGCUGUAACGGAAAGCCAUCAGAUAUGUUCGAUACAACUCUGUGUUGCGGACAGAAAAGCUACAAUCCAAAUAAGAUGGUAUGCUGCAACGACAUGAGUCUCCUUGACAAGACAGGUAAUGACGACGACUGGUGUUGUGGCGGGAAGACAUACAGCAGAGCCAAUGAGAUUUGCUGUAAUGGAGAACCACAGCCUGCCGUAGGUGGAGAAUUUACCGACUGUUGUGACAAGAAGAGUUACGACACCAGAAAACAACUGUGUUUUGAUGGCCGUCUUUAUGACAAGCGAAACAAAAAUGAUGAUUGCCGCUGUGGAGAAACAACGUUCAACACAGCAACGGAAAUGUGUUGUGAUGGAGUGCCUAGCACACCCAAGGGUGAUGUAAAGGACGCUUCUUGCUGUGGUAAUAAGAGCUACAACACUAUGAUGGAAGUGUGCUGCGAAGAUGGCGAUAUAAUGAAACAAGACGAUGAGGGGGAUGAUAGCUGCUGCGGAAAGAAGACUUUCAAUGCUAAAAACGAAAUUUGCUGUAACGAGACACCACAACCAAGAACUGCUGGCGAUAUGACCAUGUGUUGUCUUGACAAGAGCUUUGAUCCUGAGAAGGAAAUGUGCUGUAAGAAUGAAGUACGCAUGAAGGAGAGUGGAGACGACAACUGCUGCUGCGGAGACUCUACAUUCAAUACCCAAAAAGAAAUUUGCUGUGAGAACACUCCGCAGCCAUUGAAGGGCUCAAAUACUAAGUGUUGCGGUAAGAUCAGCUACGAUGCAGAUAAGUUCAUAUGCAAUGAAGAUAACAAACUAUACGAGAAGGUGGACAAGGACGAUGAUUGGGUGUGUGGUAAGACUACAUACAAUACACAGAAACAGAUUUGCUGCAUGGGUGUACCGCAAGAAUUGUUUAAGGUAGGCAACACAAAAUGCUGUGGACAGGUCAGCUACCAAAGCGACGAUAAUGUUUGCUGCGAUGGAAAUGUCGUUAAGAAAACAAAGAAGAGUGAUAACGUAUGUUGUGGCAAUCUAACGUUUAAUCCAGAACUUCAGAUAUGUUGCCAGGGCAAAAUAGAGGACAGAAAAGGUGGCUCUGACACAAUGUGUUGUGACAAGAAUGCAUUCGAUCCCAAAAGCGAAGUUUGUUGCGAUGACCUCCGCAUUUUUGUCAAAGCAAAUAAGGAUGACAACUGUUGCUGUGGAAACACAACAUUCAAUACCGAAAAACAAGUUUGCUGUGAUGGGAAACCGAGCAACGCAAAGACAAAGGACAUAGAAGACACCAAGUGUUGUGUCAAGGAAAGUUACAACCCAGAAUCCCACAUUUGUUGUGAAGGCACUAUACGUGAAGCAGUCGGAGGACAGAAGAAUACGAGAUGUUGCAGAGACGAAUCUUAUGAUAUCACCAAAAUGGUGUGCUGUGACGGAAAACUUCGUGAUGUUGACAAACCUGGUGACUUGUGGUGCUGCGGUAAAGGAACAUACAAUCCUUCCACCGAGAUCUGCUGUCCUGGGAACCCGAUGGACGUCUCUCAACCUAUCAAGGGCUCGAACACCCGGUGCUGCGCUGGUGUCAGUUACGACGCCGACAUGGACAUCUGUUGUGACGGCGUCAUCCAGCAUGCGUGGGUGGGCCCGAAGACACGCUGCUGUGGACAGAGGAGUUACAAUCCGGAGAGAGGACUGUGCUGUAACGGAACUGUGGUCGAGAAAACACUGCCGUGGGAUGACUGUUGCUGCUGUGAUAAGACAAUCUACAGCGCAAAGCAGAUUUGCUGUAAUUGCAAUGUGCAAGGUCGUUGUGGUGGCCAAGGCACCAAGUGUUGCGGCGAGAUGAGCUAUGACCCAUUCUUGAGCAUUUGCUGUGACGGAGUGCUCCUUUCCAGGACGUACGGUGAUGAGUCCUAUUGUUGCGGAGAGUAUGUAUACACGCCCAAGCUUGCCAUAUGCUGCGGAGACUACGUCAAGUGGAAGAUGGGCAAAAUGACGUGGUAA